AUGCCUACAAAUGAUGGUGAAAUCAGUUCCUUUAUGUCUCUUGCUCAAUGCGAUAAGAGAACAGCUGAAAAAUACCUAAGAAGAAACCGUUGGAGCAUGAAUUAUGCAUUGAAUGACUAUUACGAUACAGUGAUCGGCAGUUACGUUGGCGGCCCGUUAAACGUCCGUGAUCCCAUAGACUAUCCUGAAGAGUUAUGCAAGCUUUAUGAAAACUACGCAGCUCAAGAUGGCGGAAUUAUUGAUAGUGAGGGGCUCGUAAGACUUAUAGAGGAUCUACAGUAUUCAUUGGACGAUUUAGUUACACUUUGCUUAGCCAAGCUGUUGAAUUGCAAGAAUCUGGCCGAUGGCAUUUCGAAAGAGAGUUUUCUGUUGGGAUUUUACAACCAUGGGUGCUCCACAUUAGAGCAAAUUCGACAUACUUUGGAAGAUCUUGACACUAAGUUGGAAACUAACAUUGACUAUUUCACUGAAAUAUACAGAUACACCUUUGAUUUAGUAGUCGAUCCAGAUAAACGUCACUUAGACCUCGAUACAGCUGUCGAGUAUUGGAAUAUAUUUUGUCAGCCAAAAUACCCAUUGCACAUUGAAAAACGGCUACUGGAGCUGUGGGUAAAGUUUUUAAAAGAUGAGAAUAAGUCUGUCAUUUCGAAGGACAGUUGGCAAAUGGUAAUAGUCUUUUUCAAAAAAUUUCCCACAAUAGACGCAAUCAAAAGUACCUAUAACGAAGCAGAUGCCUGGCCCUACAUAAUUGAUGAAUUUUAUGAAUACUUGUUAGAUAAUAAUGCUUUAUAA